UAGUAGAUUAAUUGUUGCAGCAGUAAAUAAAAGCACCAUGCAAAGAUACUUACGUGUCGAUGUAUCUUCAAAUAAGUCAUAGUAAUAACUCAUAAAUCAUCACUCACUUCUGCUCAAGAGAGUCAUCAAAUCACAUGGCAGCCCAAAAGGAACCAAAGAAGAUCAUAAUUGAUACUGACCCUGGAAUCGAUGAUGCUAUGGCAAUAUUCCUUGCUCUAAGAUCACCAGAAGUUCAAGUUAUUGGACUUACUACUAUUUAUGGAAAUGUUUAUACUACUCUUGCUACCAGAAAUGCCUUGCACUUGUUGGAGUUUGCUGGAAGAACUGAUAUACCAGUUGCUGAAGGAUCUCAUGUCACAUUAACUAAAGAAACAAAACUUCAUAUUAGGGAUUCUGUCCAUGGUGCAGAUGGACUUGGCAACCAAAAUUUUCCACCACCAAAUGGAAAACCCCUUGAAGAAUCAGCUGCUGCUUUUUUUGUUAACCAAGCAAAAGCUAACCGUGGAAAAAUCACGGUUGUGGCAUUAGGUCCUCUUACAAAUAUUGCUUUGGCUAUACAGAUGGACCCGGAAUUUUCUAAGAACAUUGGUCAGAUUGUUCUGCUUGGUGGAGCUUUUGCAGUAAAUGGAAGUGUGAAUCCUUCUGCUGAAACAAAUAUAUUAGGUGAUCCAGAUGCUGCAGAUGUUGUAUUCACAAGUGGCGCAGAUGUUCUUGCUGUGGGGAUAAACGUUACACAACAAGUCGUAUUUACAGGUUCUGAUCGAGAAAAGUUGGCAAGUUCAAAAGGAAAAUUUGCUCAAUACUUGAAUGGAAUCUUAGAGGUGUAUUUCUCUAACUAUUGUAAGGCAUACAACAUCAAAGGAAUUUACCUUCAUGACCCAACAGCGUUGCUUGCAGUCGUUGAUCCUUCACUUGUAACCUUCACGGAGGGUGUCGUUAGAGUCCAAACCAAUGGUAUUACAAGGGGACUUACAAUACUCGAAAAUAAACAGAAAAGGUUUGGUGAAGUCACUGAAUGGUGCAAUAUGCCAACAGUAAAAGUAGCUGUGACAGUUGAUGCUCCUAGAGUUGUGAAAUUGGUCUUGGAUCGUCUUUUGGAUUGAUCGUAAUACGAAGUUGUUCAACAAGAAUUAUUGAUUCAUGUCUGUUGAGAAACAUGAUACCACUUACCAGAGGAUAUGAGAGAGAAAGGUUAAAAAGUUUGUAUUGAAGAUAAAAGAAAAAUGAUACAAGUGAAAGAGUCAAGCUUCUACCUUAUGUACUAGUCAACUAAUAAACUAAGUUGAGCAAUAAAAUAUACAAUCUACAUAAAAAUGAAGAACAAUCUCCACGUCGGUAGUAGUUGAGGCGCAUAGCUUCUAGAAGUCUUCGACCAACUUUUGGGCCUUUUGAGUUU